AGGCGCGUGUCGCGGCGCCCUUCCCCGCCCCUCCUGUCUUCUCUACCGCGAGCUCCUCGCAUCCCUCGCACAGCAGGUCCACCUGGAUUCCCGUGAGACGCUCUUCUCUUCGCGUAAAGACAGACGUCAAAUAGCGCAUAACCGACAGGAAGGAGAAAAUAUCCCGCACUACGCGCGCGUGUGGGCGUCCGCGUGCACCCCGACACGCACUCGCAGAAUCGCUGGACAGUCGCUCGUGCUCGACUGAUGUCCUCCUCUCUGAGCUGCCAUGGCUCGCUGGACGCUGCUAUGCCUGCUCUUCGCCAUUGUGGAAAGUAGCCAAGGAGCUGACACAGAGGAACGAUUGGUGGAGCAUCUCCUAAAUCCCGCCCACUACAACAAACUGAUUCGUCCAGCGACCAAUGGCUCAGAACUGGUGACAGUGCAGCUGAUGGUCUCAUUGGCCCAGCUCAUUAGUGUGCAUGAGAGAGAGCAAAUCAUGACCACUAACGUCUGGCUCACCCAGGAGUGGCAGGACUACCGUCUAACGUGGGUCCCAGAAGAGUUUGAUGGCAUGAAGAAGGUCCGCCUCCCCUCCAAACACAUCUGGCUGCCAGAUGUGGUCCUCUACAACAACGCUGACGGCAUGUACGAGGUGUCUUUCUACUCCAACGCGGUCGUCUCCUACGACGGCAGCGUCUUCUGGCUACCUCCAGCCAUCUACAAGAGCGCGUGUAAGAUCGAGGUGAAGCACUUCCCUUUUGACCAACAGAACUGCACGCUCACCUUCCGCUCAUGGACGUACGAGCGCACCGAGGUAGACCUGGUCCUGCGCGCGGACGUGGCCAGCAUGGACGACUUCACGCCCAGCGGGGAGUGGGACAUAAUUGCGCUGCCGGGCCGACGCAACGAGAACCCGUCGGAGCCGGCCUACGUGGACAUCACCUAUGACUUCAUAAUCCGCCGCAAGCCGCUGUUCUACACCAUCAACCUGAUCAUCCCCUGCGUGUUGAUCACCUCGUUGGCCAUCCUGGUCUUCUACCUGCCGUCCGACUGCGGCGAGAAGAUGACGCUGUGCAUCUCCGUGCUGCUGGCGCUCACUGUCUUCCUCCUCCUCAUCUCCAAGAUCGUCCCCCCCACCUCGCUGGACGUGCCCCUGGUGGGCAAGUACCUGAUGUUCACCAUGGUGCUGGUGACGUUCUCCAUCGUGACGAGCGUGUGCGUGCUCAAUGUGCAUCACCGCUCACCCACCACCCACACCAUGCCGCCGUGGGUGAAGCUCGUGUUUCUUGAGCGCCUGCCCGCGCUGCUGUUUAUGCGCCAGCCGCGCUACAGCGGCGAACGCCAGCGCCUGCGCCGCCGCCGCCGCCGUACCGAGGAGUGUCGCGGCGCGGGGCUCGGCGCCAUGUCCUCCGCCCCGUCCAGCAAGGAGGCCGGCGAGGCGUGCACGUGCUACGUGAACCGCGCCUCUCUCGAGCAGUUCGGAGGGGUGGAGCUGAGCAGCGCUGAGGGAGGCGGAGCUGGAGGGUCCGUGGACGGGCAGAAUGGGCUGAGGGAAAGUGGGUCCGACGCAAGGGAUGGGGGCAGCUCCGCACCAGGCCGGGCCAAGCAGGCAGUGCCGGCACCGGGCCUGACACACACCCUGCUGGGGCACGCCUGCUCCGGCAUCGAGGAGGCUGUGGAUGGCGUUCGCUUCAUAGCCAACCACAUGAAGAGCGAGGAUGACGACCGCAGCGUGAGUGAAGAUUGGAAGUAUGUUGCCAUGGUGAUUGACCGGCUGUUCCUCUGGAUCUUCGUGUUUGUUUGUGUCUUUGGCACUAUAGGAAUGUUCCUCCAGCCUCUCUUUCAGAACUCCUCCAAGACUGUCAUCAACGCACCUGGCUGACCAAUCAGAGCCCUGCAGCCCCUCCAGACACGGCCCGGGACCAAUGGUGGCAGGAGGAUGAAGGGAAGAGGGAGGGCCUACUCAGGGGAGGGGUACUGGGAUGGUUGCAUUUUUGACUCUGGACACGCAGCCAUAAUGUGCUGGGUUUAUAUGAUGAAACAAUAACCAUACAGACAAACAUGGUGUCCUGGAGCAGGCCUCUGUUUCCUCUCCAUGUGCCCUCAGACUGAUGGGCUGCACAACCAUUCAUGAACAGAGGGCACGUUUCUCUCCCAGGCAACCAACAUUAUACUCUCCACAAGUAGACAGCUAGACUGAGCCACCACCACCCACAAGCCCCACCCUCUGACACCAUCCUCGUGACUACUGGUUACCAUAGGUGAGCCAGGCAGAGACGAGGGAGAUUUAACCGCCUGUGCGAAGUAACUUAUCUUCCCUCUGCUGUUUCCUGUAAGUCUUGUUGCUCACGGACCGGAUGCUUAACCUACUAUAGUGUGCUGUCCAUGUAGUAUCUCUGUCAUUGUUCUUGUGUAAUCACGAGUGAGUGGUCAUUUUGGGCUCAUGCAGUAUUGCAUUAUUCUAUUAACAUAACCAGAAUGUGUUAUGACGUUAUACACUAAUUAUUGUACACAGUGAUGAGAAAAUAAACUAGAUUUUGAUGUGGAAAAUGAUGCAGGCAGGGAAUUAUAGGAUAUAUAAGUUAAUACUUUAGAGAAAUGGAGCUGCAAAUCUGUGGGUUGAGCAGACAAUGCUGAGGCAGGUCUUCUCUGUGCUGGGGAGAUUCUGAAAAAGGCUCAUAGUAAUCACGCAGGGAGUAAGGAUCUUAAACUCUGUUCUUCUGAGAAAUUGAGAUGAUAGAAAAUGAAGAGAAGAACUAAGGAGAUCGAACAAAAGAAGUCAGAUAUGCAGAAACAGCUGCUAUGACAAAACACAAGAGGGCAUGACUUUAACCACACGUGCACUCACAUCAAUUAUCAGCUAUGAUACACGUAUCAACUUUUCCCUGUUAUUCUUUAACUUGCAGUGUUCAAGUGUACCGUGUGUUACCAAGUGUUAUGACGGAACGUGUGAGCCCACAUUGUGUGCUGUUCUUCCCGGUUUCCUUGAUUUGGAAUGCUGGGUAAUGACUCAGUCCAUCACUAUAUUUGCACCAACCUUGUCAGAGUUUUCUGUCAUGCUCUCCUUUCAAGGCGCUCUAUCUCCCCCUUUAAUCUGCUCCUUGCCUUUAGACGUCCCCUAGAAAAUGAUCUAAAUAUGGUAGUAUUUUUAUGAACAUCGCCAUAACUGAAUCAUAAUUUGUAUGAGUUCGUAUCACCAUCACUUCCUGCGAACUAUGACCAGGGCUCCUACUAUUUCUUUCACUUCCUUUUUUGGAGCUGAAAACGUGGUUCAUGAUAUUCGGUUCGACAUUAUCUGCUUUUCUAGACUUUCACAAAUCCGGAUCUCUCUUAGAGUUAUUGUUGCUGAAAGAGGAGCCAUGCCUGUGGCACUUCUGUGAGGAUGUGUAGAGAUGAAGCAGAUGACAGAGUCCGCUCCGUUUUACUGCCUUGGCUCAGUCCGCCAUCUUCCGCGGGACAGGGCCAGGCAACCUCAGACUCAGUCACUUUACACUUCACAACUAUUUUCCCAGUCCAGUUCCCAGCUGUUCAAUCCAGAAACAAAAGUAAAACACAAACAAACGACCACGCAAUGACGGAGUGGCAAAAUAAGUCAGUAUUUUACUGUUAACUCGUCUUUACUGGGUCGUUAAUGAGACCGGUGGGUUGAUGGUACACAUGCGCUCUGAUACACGUUUUAAACACACGCUCCUCUUAUUACUCUUCACUUUAAUGCACUAAUAAAGGUUCAGUACU